CAACUGAUCAUCGAAAUGUCGAGAUCAGCAAUUUGCUUGUCCUCGACCCUAUUCAUGAUAUAUCAUCUCUUUCAUUCGGAAACCCUAUCCCUAAUUAAUGCCCUCUUUUUCAUUUCUCGUAGUCCAUUGAACCAUGAUAUGAUCGAAGAAUAGUUACUAUUACAUUACGAAGAACGUGUGCGCACGCACGUGCACACACGUAUAUACAUUCGUAACUAUGUACGUAUAGCAAAGGAAGCUUAAUAAGGACAAGCCAUCCAAGAAUCGACGCGAUUCAUCGACUCAAUCAUUGAGGGUAGCUAGGGUUUGUUUUUUUGUUUGUUUUUCGACCAUAGGUUUUUAUUACAUGAACAGUGCAGAUCAAGAAGACAGCAGCAGCAAACCGCUGCAAGAACGCGACGAUGAAGAAGAAGAUGAAGACGACGAUGACGGCAUGGUGAUGCCGGGAUUCCGAUUCCAUCCGACAGAGGAAGAGCUGGUGGAGUUCUACCUUCGCCGUAAGGUGGAGGGCAAACCCUUCAAUGUCGAGCUCAUCACUUUUCUUGACCUCUAUAGCUACGACCCUUGGGAGCUUCCUGGUUUGGCAGCUAUAGGGGAGAAGGAAUGGUAUUUCUAUGUGCCGAGAGAUAGAAAAUAUAAGAACGGAGAUCGGCCAAACCGUGUGACAAAGUCGGGGUAUUGGAAGGCGACCGGUGCCGAUAGAACUAUCCGAGGAGAGACUAAUCUGAUGCCCAUUGGCCUCAAGAAAACCCUUGUUUUCUACUCGGGUAAGGCCCCGAGAGGAAUCCGAACCACUUGGAUCAUGAACGAGUAUCGCUUGCCUCUCCACGAGACGCAGCGCCUCCUCCACAAGGCUUCCGAAAUCGCGAUUUGCCGAGUCUACAAGCGCCCUGGUGUCGCCACGUCGUCUCCAUCGCCAAGACCUCUGCAACAACCGCCACAAUCCAAAACUACAUGUAUGAUGAACCUGCAGCAAAGAUCAUACAUCCAAACCAGCACCACUGCCUAUGGAGGAUCUUCGUGGGCCGGAAAAUCGAGCAGAUCGAACCCCCAAAUCAUGUCAAUCGACACUCUAACUUCAGUAGAUCAAGUUCUCGAAGAAGAUGAUCAUUCGAUGAUGCUUCUGCAAUCGAAACAGGCCAUGAUCGCCAAUAAUCCCAUGUUUGGAAGCUCUUCAUCAUCAAAUGUUGCAGCAGAUGAUCUCCACAAGCUCGUGAAUUAUAACAUCAGUGACUUCCCACACAACGAUAAUCUCCAUCGCUACGCCGGCAAUGCUCCGGCCGGUUUUCUGCAGCCUCCGGCGGCGCCGCCGCCUGAAAUUGUUCCUCCUCGAUCGACGGCAUUGUUCGGUGAUCGAUUUUGGGAUUGGAAUGCCAUCUCGGAUGCCAGCUGCAAGGACUUCUUGAAUCCCUUUCAAGUGAAGUUUGAUGAUCAUUGAUUGAAUGUUCUAUCUGUGUGUGUGUAUGUAUGUAUAUAUAUAUAUAUAUAUACUUGAAUAAAUGUGUCUAAUUAGUACUGAUUAUGCUUAUCAUCGAUCACUCACUCACUAUAUAUUUAUAUAUAUCAUCUGAUUUAGGUUUCUUAACUUUGUUCUUCUGGACAUGGAGUU